AUGGAUGUUACACCAAUUCGCAACGAUUCUUAUGGCGAAGGACGUCUAUUUCAAGAAAUAUUACCAUACAAUUCAAUUCCAAAAGAAAAAUCAGUAUCGAAAUUACUUCUCAAUGGAAAAUCUAAAAGGGAGUCAGAUGCGUUGCUCGCUGUCAAAAUUGACCCGGCAGUGUUAGAGGCACAGGUGACCAUAGAUACUAGAUAUGAUUGUAGGAAAAGCGAAACAGGCAAGAGAAAUACUGUACAGCCGACUAAAGACAAAGAUGGAGAAUCUCGUCGCCUUGAUUUCGAGAAGGCCGUUCGUUUGCAACGCGCUGCCCUUAUGUCCUUGUCGGGUCAACAGAUGAACCUUCUAAUGAGAUAUGUUGAAACCUUACGGGAACAACGGAAUUCAAUACAAAAACAAUUGGAAUGUGCAUUCUGUAAAACCAACGGCCAUCCUGAAUUAUGGUACACAACACACGCACUCAAAGACGGCAAAGGUCGCGUGCGAUGCCCGGUACUGAGAGCUUACUCCUGCCCCCGCUGUGGCGCCACUGGCGAUAACGCUCACACAAUCAAGUACUGCCCGAACAAAUAG